AUGCGUCGAACAUCGUUCGAGGCAGGUUCUGGGGAUCGCACACCUAGCCGCAAAUCCCGACGCAGGUCUGCCCCAACACCACGCUUCCAGCGGUCGUAUGACCCGGAGGAGCCAUUUGAUGAAGCGUGCACCGAGCGAAGGAUCCAAUUUACUCCGCUGCGCCAAAUCCUGGAUACACGAACCCAGAGAAGAAUUAGGCGAAUCGGGUUGAGUGAUGAAAUCAAUCACAUUGAGCGCGAAAAGCGGGAGACGCGGAACAUGGAAAAGACCAUGCGAGCUUUGCUUCAGGAGCGGGACUCCCUAAAAGAUGAACUUAGGGUCAUGAGACGAGGUGAAACGGGCUUUGAUUACCAAAGUUCAGUGGCUGAGUCCUAUUGGGUGACACCAGACACACCGAGAUCUUGCGAAGAAGAAUCAGUGGUUUCUAAUCGCAGUCUGGAUGAUACCACUCUAUUUUCGAACGGUGACGGAGAGACGUUCAUGUUCAGUGACAGUGCUGUCGUUGUGUCCAGCUCCCCCGAUUUCCGUAGUACUCGGAAUCAUAACCCACCUGGCACUGACAGCUUGAUGCUAUUCGACGAACCCCAAACGCCAAUUCGCGCCACCCAAACGCAAACUCCAGUCAAUACGGAAAAAUCUGAUAUUCACUCCCUGACCCUUGACCUGGAAACUGCCAGGCAAGAGAAGAACAACUUGUUCGAUGCGUGUCGAUCACGAAUCUCAGGGUUCAAUGACCCUACCAUCAAUGGCCUUUUCCGUCAGUCCUCCCCACCAUCGAACUUCUUCGAGAAUAUCAUGGAGAUAUUGGAAAAUGCUCUAUCCCGCGCUUCGGAUGCUGCCGAAGCUCUUGAAGAAAUCAGCCAACAAUUCUCCGGCUUAGGAUUCUCUGGGGACGGUGUGGAGGAUGUCAUAUCCGAUAUGCGGAGCCACUUCCGCUCAGCUCGUCUUGAGCUUGAGCGUGCGCUCCCUGGUGAAACUGCUAACGUCAGUCUUGAGGACGGCAAGGCGACCCUAAGUGCGCUGGUGAAACGCGUUGAGUCACUGGCAAAAGAUCUGGGGACGGAGCGCCACUACCAUCACGGCUCUCUCAGCCGGGAAAAGGCUCUCCGAGGGCAAUUCGAUGCUUUACUACGCCGAUACGAGACAGCUGCAAGUAAAAUUGAUAGUCUCGAGGAUUCGAUCGCAUCUUCGGCGAGCGAUAUGCUCCACACACGGAUGCGAAUGCAAGACCUCGAGCGCGAAGGCCAAGAACAGGCCGUUGGGAUUGACAGAUUAAGCACAGCACUCGACAAGUAUCAUCAUGAAGUGAAGGGUCUCGAAAGUCUUAUCGACAAUCUUGAAAAGGAGAACACGGCUACAAAGGAGGACUAUACCCGACAGAUAUCAAAGCUCAAGAAACAAGUUGCCCACGAACACUCGAAACGCUGUUCGGCUGAGGCUACUGCUUCCGAGUCGGAGUCUCGCAUCCAAGAACUGGAGAAAACAGUUGAACACAAUCGCAUUCGGGCUUGCGACUUGACGGCUCAGGUGGAGCUUUUGGAAAAGGAAUAUCAAAGAGCGGUCGAGAUCCUUGAACAAAAUGCCAGUGAGCUUCAAACGCACGAAGCAGAGACUGGGACUCUAAAUGUUCGAAUCUCAGACCUCAGCACAUCAUUGCAUGGAGCCAAAUGUGAAAUGCAGCGUCUUCAAGAUGUCAACACCGGCCUUGAGGAACAGCUUCAGCUAGAAGUCGAAGCUCGAAAUGAACUCUUGGACAAGUGGGCCGCAGAUCAAGUCCGGUCGUUCGCCCACAUGAAGGAGACUAUUAACUCAGAACGUCGCAGAGCCAAAGUUCGUGCGGCCAAUUGGGAAUUGAAGUCGGAUGAUCUCAUGUCAGAUGGUACUACAAUAGGUACUGGGAGUGAACCCAUUACUCCCGUUAGCGCCCGGUAUGUUGAUGUCGAAUUCGGCCGUGGCAAGGACAGGAGGCGUCUGGAUAGCGUCGAAAUAUCGGCCGAGGGACUGGAGAAUGACAUUUUAGAUGCCGUUCCCGCGUCAGAUUUGGCUUAG